GUGUCGUAAAUUCAGAUCUAUACUGGUGUGUUUUCCCUAUAGUUGGCCAAGGAUAGAAUGCCAUAUCCAUGGUGACACUGUAGACAGGGAAAGAUAGCAACAUGAAACUUGUUAAAUCACCAAUAGCUGUGAUGACUUUCUGCAGAAUCAGACUUCUUUCAUUAUCACCAAUAAACCAUUACAAUCAUGUUACAAACUUAGCCAGAUAUUCAAAGAUUCAUUGCUCAACACAUACAUCAAGUACAUACACAUGUGUUACAUAUGGUAAUUUCAGUAGCAAUCUCUUUGAAAGUUGUCAUGUGAAGAAAUGUGGCAGAAUUGAAGAUAAACAAUAUUUUCAUCAAUGUGGUCAAAAUCUAAAUAAAAAGUUCUUUAAAACUGUAAAAAGUCAUGAAAAGGAUAACAAAAAUAAGGGACAACCAACUGAUGAAGCUAACAAUGUGAAGCGUAUAAAGUUGGUGAAAUUGAUUGACACAAUCCAGUUGUUUUCUAAUGAAGAUCUGUUGAUUGGAAAGCAUACGCUAGCAGGGGCUAAGGAAUAUGCCAAUAGUAAAGGAUUCAAAUUAGCUAAGUUAGAGGGGAAAUUUACAGAAGGAUUCCCGUCAUAUAAACUUGUGACAAGAGAAGAACAGAAGGAAGAACAGAAGAAGACACCAAAGGAAAAGAGUCCAAAACGCUUUGACAUUGAAACAAAAAUUGCCAGUCACGAUCUCCAGAUUAAAAUCAAUCAAAUGGUUAAAAUACUUGCAAAAGGAAGACGAGUCAAUACUGUCCUAUUGACUGCCAAAAAUGAACAAAAUAAGGGACUACUAGGAUCGGUCCACAAAGAGAUAACAGAAGGACUGGACUCAGUAGGUUACAUUAAGGAGUCCAAAUCUAAUGUAGAUAAAGGCUACAUAAACUCAGUAUAUGUACCUCGUGAAAAUAAAGUGAAAACAGCUGAUGGGAAUUCAGAAGAUGAUGGGGACAAGAAAGAAUGAAUUACCAGAAUGAAACUCAGGAUUAUUUUUUUUAUUAAAUCAAUUUGAAGUGCU